AUGGAACCAGAGAAUGAAACAAGAAUUUUAGAAUUUUUUCUUCUGGGACUUACAAAGGAGCCAGAAUUAAAGCCAAUCAUAUUUGGGCUUUUCUUCACUAUGUACUUGAUCACCAUGACUGGAAACCUGCUCAUCAUUCUACUCAGCAUCUCAGAUUCUCACCUGCACACCCCCAUGUACUUCUUCCUCUCCAACCUGUCCUUCAUAGACAUCUGCCUCACCUCCACCACCAUCCCAAAGAUGCUGAUGAGCAUCCAGACACGGAGCAAUGUCAUCACCUAUGCAGGCUGCAUCACCCAGAUGUUCUUUUUUUUGUUCUUUGUGACAUUAGAUGACUUUCUCCUAACGGUGAUGGCCUAUGACAGGUAUGUGGCUAUAUGUCAUCCUCUACACUACACAGUCAUCAUGAACCCCCAGCUGUGUGUGCGUCUGGUUCUGCUGUCCUGGAUCAUAAGUGUCCUGACUUCAUUAUUACAUAGCUUAAUGGCUAGUCACUUCCAUCACAUGGAACCAGAGAAUGUGACAAGAAUUUCAGAAUUUCUUCUUCUGGGAUUUUCAGAGGAACCCAAAUUAUAUCCUCUCAUAUUUGGGCUUUUCUUCUCCAUGUACCUGAUCACCGUGAUUGGAAACCUGCUCAUCAUCCUGGCCACCGUCUCAGACUCCCACCUGCACACCCCCAUGUACUUCUUCCUCCUCAACCUGUCCCUUGCUGACAUCUGUUUCACCUCCACCACCAUCCCCAAAAUGCUGGUGAACAUCCAGACACAGAGCAAAGUCAUCACCUAUGCAGGUUGCAUCACCCAGAUGUUCUUUUUCGUGCUCUUUGCAGGUGUAGAUGACUUUCUCCUCACCGUGAUGGCCUAUGACCGGUAUGUGGCCAUCUGUCACCCCCUACACUACACCAUCAUCAUGAACCCUUGGCUCUGUGUGUUGCUGGCUUUGUUGUCCUGGAUCAUGAGUGUCCUGAAUUCAUUGUUGCACAGCUUAAUGGCAUUGCGACUGUCCUUUUGUACACCAUUGGAAAUCCCUCACUUUUUCUGCGAACUUAAUCAGGUUAUCCAUCUUGCCUCUUCUGACACCUUUCUUAAUGACGUGGUGACCUAUUCUGCAUCUGUGCUGCUGGGUGGUGUUCCCAUCACGGGGAUCCUUUAUUCUUACUGCAAGAUAGUUUCCUCCAUUCAUGCAAUCUCAUCAGCUCAGGGGACAUAUAAAGCGUUUUCCACUUGUGCUUCUCACCUUUUGGUUGUCUCUUUAUUUUACUUUACAAUGAUAAGUGUGUACUUUAGUUCUUCUACGACCCAGACCUCACACUCAAGUGCAGCAGCCUCAGUGAUGUACACUGUGGUCACCCCCAUGCUGAAUCCCUUCAUCUACAGUCUGAGGAAUGAAGACAUGAAGAGGGCUCUGAAAAGGUUUUCUGGAAGGAAACUAUCAACGAAUAAAUGA